AUGCAUAUGUCUGGUGAUAUAGCCAAAAACUGGGAGAUUUUUAGAGCAGAAUUUGAGGACUUCUUGCUCGCUUCAGGUCUGACCGAAAAGACGAAUGCGGUGCAGGCAGCCACGUUGAGACGGUUUUUGGGGAACGAGGUGUUUGUGCUCGCUGACCCGGCUGUGUUCUCUGCUCCACUGGAGGCAGCAGUAAGAGCACAUUUCGAGGCGUCCAACUUUCUCAGGGACGCACCAACCAUGGAGAGAAAUGUGUUGCAACGUGUGCUGCAGACGGGGCUGGGAAUGAACUGUCAGAGCUCCAGACUGGCUCAAGCUCUGGAGGCUUUAGAGGUACCCAUGGUAGAGAAACAUUUCCAGGAAGCGGUUCUGGCCGUGGAGAAGAGUUUGAAGCAAGGAGCAGAGGGUCGUGCAAACUAUCUGAACAAACUACAACACAUUUACAGAGACAUCUUGAGUGCCUCUAAAGAAGAUGGACCCAGACUAGAUCCUGGUUCUGUGCGCAGCACUGCAAUGCCUUUCCCAGGGAUCAACUUCCUCUUGUGGAGAGAAGAAGAGGAUCUAUGGAAUCUGCUGGCAAACUUCGCCUGCUCUAACUCAGCCAGUGUUGAUGAAGAGGAGAAGGACAAAAGGGAUUCAGUCCAGUCUAGAGACAGUGGCAUAGUGAGAGAUCUGAACGACUGUGACGACUCAGCGAAAUCUCCGGUAAGCAAUCAUGCACCAGCAAUCGUACGAAGAAAUGGCUAUAAGAGCUCAAGCUCAGCAGAUAAACUGAGUCUCGUGAGGGAUAAGAUAGAAGCAUGUCCUGGAAGUUCUCCUCUCCUCGAUGAAAACAGAGGUCGGCACACAGCCAGGGUCGUGGUACUGGGAGACAACCGUGUGCUGGGAAGACUUUCCAAGGCUUGUCACUCGAUCCGAAAAAGAGAGUCAAAACAUCUCAUUUUGACCAAUAAACUGAACAUACGGUUGUACUACAUCCCAGUCACUGAUGGGGCUCCUUCGCUCAGUUCAACUGGAAGCCCAUGUCUGGAUGGAGGCACAUUGUCUCUUUCUUCUUUAUUGGGAAGAGUGGAUCCAUGGUACAACAGCAACAUCAACAGUCUGGGAGCUGCAAUCUCCAAACUGUCUGGAAAGGUAACCAUAGAUUAGACAAGACAGUGA